GCAGCAGGAGGAACCCGAGCGGCGCUCGGCGCUGGGUUCGGCGCCUCUCGUGUGUGAGGAGCCGCCACCCGCCGGGCGCGGCGUCCCGGGAACGAGCCCGGGAAGGAGCGCUCCGCCCCGGCAUUCAAAAGGGAUGUUCUUGCUGAUUCAAGACCAACCAGUUCUGUCCAGGACUCUACACUGGGGAUAAGGACAUGGGACUCCUCCUGCCAGAUUCCAGCUGGUUCAUCACAACUGACAUCUUGGCUGACAACUGUGAAAAGGAUCUUCGGAUUAUUCGAUUUGAUUUUUGUGGGAGACCACAAUCCCCAAACUCUAGGACAUAUCAGGUUCCAUAUUUCUUGUAGAAUUUUAAAAUAACCUUUUCUAAUGAGGAUGUCUGAUAUUCUUACUGUAAAAGAUGAAACUGAUACAAUGAAGGGUUCAGAAGCUGAAUUUAAAGAUACAGACCCAGUUGAAAACCUCAAAAAAUCAGGAAGUGAGGAAGAGAUUCAAGUGGAGAAGGAUGAAAAUUGUCCUGAUAACAAAAACAAUAUGCCGCGGCCAGCGCAGUCCUUGGCACAGACGGCCAAACGCUCCAAGUCAAACACAAAGUUAAAGUUAGUUCGGAGCCUUGCUGUAUGUGAAGAAUAUCCACCACCUCCCACAGCUGAAAUAUCCCAGGACCUCCAGGAGAAAAUUCAGAUCCAGUUGUCAGAGUCUUUUGAAAAAGAAGAAAAACCUGCAAAAGAUGAAUCAGAAAAGGAAAAAUCCAGUGAUAAGCUCUCCAGAAAAAUGUUAUCAAGAGAUUCCAGCCAGGAGUAUACAGAUUCCACUGGUAUAGAUCUUCAUGAAUUUUUAGUAAAUACAUUAAAAAACAAUCCCAGGGACAGAAUGAUGCUGCUGAAAUUAGAACAGGAAAUUUUAGAUUUCAUUGGUAAUAAUGAAGUACCAAGAAAAAAGUUUCCCCCAAUGACAUCUUACCAUAGAAUGCUGUUGCACAGGGUAGCUGCUUACUUUGGAUUAGAGCACAACGUGGACCAGAGUGGGAAGUCAGUCAUAGUAAAUAAAACUAGCAAUACAAGAAUACCUGACCAAAAGUUUUGUGAGCAUAUAAAGGAUGAGAAGAGCGAUGACUUCCAGAAGCGGUACAUCCUUAAGAGAGAUAACUCUAGUUUAGACAAAGAUGACAACCAGAUGAGAAUACGAUUAAAAGAUGACAGAAGAAGUAAAUCUAUAGAAGAACGUGAAGAAGAAUAUCAGAGAGCUAGAGAAAGGAUAUUUGCACAAGAUUCCCUGUGUUCCCAAGAGAAUUAUUUCACUGAUAAAAGAAUCCAGGAGGAAGAAACUAAUAGUACACAACAAAGACGACAGAUACUUAGAGUCAAUAAGGAGGCAUCGGGGAGAUCGGCCAACAGCCACCAGAGCAGCACAGAGACGGAGCCGCGGCCCUGGAGCAGCACGGACUCGGACAGCUCCCUGCGCAACCUGAAACCCGCCGUCACCAAGGCCAGCAGCUUCAGCGGCAUCUCCGUGCUCAGCCGCGGGGACAGCUCGGGCAGCAGCAAGAGCACGGGCCGGCUGUCCAAAGCAGGUUCAGAGUCUUCUAGUAGUGUAGGGUCCUCCACGGGUUCUCUCUCUCACAGCCAGCAGCCUCUUCCAGCAGCAGCUCUAAGCCAGCCCUCCCCUGGCACGCCUGCCCUGUACCCACCUGGCAGCUCUAGUAACUCUCUUUCCUUUGAUGGUGGCAUGAGUGGGCAAGUGGCACCUGCUGCUGGCAGUAGCUUCUUUCUGCUUCCCUUGGAAGCAGCGGGCAUCCCGCCUGGCAGUGUGCUGGUCAACCCUCAGACAGGUCAGCCGUUCCUCAAUCCCGAUGGCACGCCGGUGGUGUACAACCCUCCCCUGCCUCAGCAGCCUGUUAGGAGCCAAGUGCCUGGAGCUGCUCCUCAGCCAGCCCUGCCCAGCCCCAGCCAGCACCAGCCCGGAGCCAACGCCGUCCUCUCACAGCCUCUGCGGGCUCUGCAGCCUUCCUCCCAGCCUGUCCAGUACUCUGCAGUGUCGUACCCACCCCCGCUCCUGCCAGCCUCCUCUGCACAGCAAUACUCUGUGCCAGACAACCUGGGAUCGCAGUUCAGCCACCUGAGCCUGGCGCGGCAGGCGCCGGCCGAGGGCGCGGAGCCGGGCCCGGCGCUGUUCCAGCCCGGCGUGGUGCUGCAGCCCCCGCAGCAGCCGGGCUUCAUCCUGGCCGCUCCCGCCGCGCCGCCCGCCGCGCCCGCCCCGCCCUACUCGGGCCCCGCGCACGCCGUGGGCCAGCCCGUGCUCCCGCAGCAGGGAUUCGUGCAGCAGCCCGUGCCGCAGAUGCCACCCUGUUACUGUACCCCCAGCCAGUACCCGCACUCCAGCCAGCAGUACCGCCCUGUGUCUGUCCAUUACAGCACCCAGCAGAGCCAGGCCCUGCCCCAGCCUGGCCAGCAGACAGGUUACCAGAUUUUGCCCAACCAGCAGCAAAACUACCAGGGUUUAGUUGGAGUUCAGCAGUCUCAGAAUCAAAAUCUAGUCAGUGGCCAACAUAACAACAUUGGGAAUCAAAUUCAAGGUGUGAUUGUUCCGUAUCCCUCAGUGCCAUCUUAUCAGGUUUCGGUGCCUCAAGGUUCCCAAGCAGUGCCCCAGCAGACAUAUCAGCAGCCUGUGAUGAUUCCCAGCCAGUCCAGCCAAGGGCUGCCCACCACAGGAAUGCCAGUGUACUACAGUGUCAUUCCAUCAGGCCAACAGAACAAUCUCAGUUCAUCUGUAGGAUAUUUGCAGCCUCCUGGAUCAGAGCAGAUACAGUUUCCUAGAACAUCAUCACCAUGCAACUCACAGCAGCUUCAAGGACAGCAGUGUGCAGUUUAUAGCAACCAUUCGAGUCAGAAGCCAUCACCUCCUACAUUAUUGCCACCUUCAUCCAAGUCAAAGCCACAGCAGGCUGCUUCCAUUGUGCACUACAGCAUAGUGUCUCCACCCUCAUCAUGUAAAAGUUCACCCACUGGUCUUUCCAUCAUGCAGCCAAAAAAAGCGGGCAGUGCUGACGGUGCCGCGUUUCUCUCCCUCGCUCUCUGUGUGGCAGCCGCGCCGCCCGCCGGGGGGGUGCUGAUGAUGCAGCUCAGCGUGCCCGGCAGCGCCGCCCCGCGGAACCCGUCCCCGCCGCAGAGGAGAGCGGGCAAGUUCUACUGCGAGCCCCCCCGCGGGCACAAGGGCACCGACAUCGGCACUUUGGACGGGGCCGCGCAGCUGCAGCAUAGUCCUCAACUGGGCAGCCCUGGCACCUCACCAGCCCAAUCACCAGCACCAGCCCAGCUGUCAAACAUGAAGAACAUCCGUCCCACACUGACACCUCUUUCUAUCGUGUCCCAGUUUUCUAGACCUUUUGUCCCUGGACAAGGAGAUGCCAGAUACCCAUUGCUUGGCCAACCCCUGCAAUACAAUCCAUCUUUGUUACGUGGACAAGUAACAAGCCAACAGUGUCAGCCUGGAAACAGACAUGGGAACAGGGGAAAGAAACCAGCAAAGAAGGCUGCUUCAGCAGAUCUUGGUGCAGGAGAACCAGUUGUGGGCAAAGUUCUAGAAAUUACCGAGCUGCCCGAAGGCAUCACUCGCACGGAGGCAGAGAAGCUCUUUGGGGAACUGUUGAAGGUGGGCGCCAAGAUCCGGUGGCUGAGGGACUCGCAGUGCCAGCAGCAGCAGCAGCAGCGGCGGCUCUGCGGGGACGGCGGCGGGGGCGCCGGGGACUUGGCCUCCAGCUACACGGUGCUGGCCACCUUCCCCAGCACGGCGGCGGCGCAGAGCGCGCUCAAGAGACAGAGCGGCGGCGCGGGCGGCAAGUUCCGCCUGAGGAGCAGCAGGCGGCACCGCGAGCCGCACGGCCUCGAGAGGGCCAGCUCGCAGUAGCGCCGCCGCCUUCCCCCCAUCGGUUCGGUGUCGCGGGCUUUCCGUGCUCUCCAGAGAGACUCCUGGGAUGUUUUGUCACGUGGCGUUGCCAUUGAAGAAUAAAUAACCCGGUGAAUCCAGCAAGAUGAAGAAAAAAAUUGACAGAGUUGCUCCCAGACGAUAGCAAGGAAUCAUCUUUGCGACAGGCGGCUUUCUGCAAGGAACGCUGCUGAAAUGCCCCCUACUUUUAUAGUAGUUUUGUUUUAUAUUUUUGAAAUCUUGUAUCAGAUCCAAAGUUCUAUUGUACAGCAGAUGUUCAUAAAAAUCCAUAUGCAGAUUUGUAUUUUAUAAUCCCUUUUCACAGCCAGCACGCAGCAGUCCAUUCCAAGGCAGGAACCUGAGGAUUGGUGGAGGGGAAAAGAGAACCAUUCUCAAGGAAUUAUAUUCAUUUUCUAGCAAACUAUCCAACAUCUUCAAGUUAACCUGUUCUUUGCCCCUUGUGUGUUUUUUCUUCUUUUCUUUCUUUUUUCCUCUUUUUUUUCUUUUUCUUCUUUUUCUGUUUUUCUUUAAGAAAAAAAAAAAAAAGAAUAUCAUUUUAGUAACUAACUCCUUAGGUGGUCAUUGUCUUUUGCAAUAUAUUCAAACAAUGUCAAAAGAAAUUACAAGUUUGUACCCUUGAAGAAUUUGCUUCUGAUCCAGCAAGUUUAAUAAUUACUAGAAGGGGAUUAUGAAUAGGUUACAAAGAAUGUUCACUGAAUCACAUUUUAAUAUUUCUUUUUAACAAAAGUGUGAAGAAACUUUAUGUAUCUUCAUACAAGUGACAAAAUGUUUGCACUUUAAUUGUGUUCCCACCAGUAUGGGUCUCUUUCUCUUCCUUUUCACGCUAAGAUAAUUGUGUUUGGUAAGUGCUGGAAACCUUUUUAAUAGUUUAAGUUUUCAUCAUUUGCAGAUGCUCACUGGACAUUAAAGAUUCAUUGCACAUACAUGAAAACUUUUUUCAACUUGUGUAAUUUGCAAGUCUGUACAAUGUGUGCUGAUGCAAGCCUUUUUCAGUUCAAAAGAAUAAAUGUUUACAAACACAAA